CUCCAGAACUCUCCGCAAAAUGCAAAUCAUAACGCUGUCAUAGGUUCCCUUAUUCCCGUUUUCUGGGGAGCCGGGCCCAUUGUCCCGAUUGAUAACCCAAUGCAUACGGAAUGGACCACUCACCCGGAGGCGCCAUUAACCUUGCAUACGUUUACUGGAGUGGAGUGACGCCUUGGUUCCAUUUCCCCGGUCGUUAUGCUGUACAUUCGUCCAUUCACAACGGACUGAGCUGAGAUCAUCAUACACUAAUAGAUCAUGUUGCGAGGAGCUCAACCAACGGAUUUACCGUGGACGGCCCCCAGUUUCCUCCCUAGCGUGCCAUGUGCAAAUGAAGUUCGGCAUGGACCCGAAGCCCCCGACCGAACCCCACGUUCGCAUAUUAAGACAAGGAUUCUGUCCAGGUGCUGGCACUGUUUUCAUGAAUCUGGCCUCCUUUGAGACUUUAUUUUCGAGUAACUGACCAUCAUGAUCGAAGACAUCGUGGGCGAUUUGACGCCUACUAGGGCAGCACUGUGGUUCCUGGGGUUAUUCACGGCUUUCUGUGUGUUUCGCAAGUUCCAAGCCUCUGCGCAGAUCGCUCGUCUAGGUGCUCGCACACCCAAAGUCAAGUUCUAUCUCCCAUAUGCGCUCGACUUCGUCUAUAAAGGCCAAGUGGCCAACCUGAAGCACGAGGAUCCCGAAUUCUGGAAUGAAACUAUCAUGACGGCCAGCGGCCGCGACAAUUGCAAGACCGCCGAGGUCGAUGCUGGCAUCUCCACGCGCAUCAUCCUGACCAAGGACCCUGAAAAUAUCAAAGCACUGCUCACCGGCCAGUUCGCGGAUUACGGCAAAGGCGAACCGUUCCACCGCGAGUGGAAAGAGUUCCUCGGCGAUAGUAUCUUCGCCACGGACGGUGAACUAUGGUCUCGCUCGCGCCAGCUGAUUCGACCCAUGUUUGCACGCGAGCGACUCGUCGAUACCGAGAUCUUCGAGAAGCAUGUGCAGAAGCUCAUCCCCCUUCUCGGCGGUCAACCUAAUCACAGCAGGGUCGUCGAUGUCGGCUCACUGUUCUUCCGGUAUACCCUCGACGCAGCGACCGACUACCUCCUCGGUCAGGGAACCGAUAGUCUCGAGAAUCCGGCUACACGCUUCGCUGAAGCCUUCAGAUACGUGCAACAACGGCAAGCGGAGCUUUUCCGAUUCGGCGUCUUCAACUUUGCCAUGUCACGCACCGAGUUCCGCCGCAACCUCAAGAUCAUGGAUAGCUUCCUGCAGCCCUACAUCGAGACCGUGCUGGCCAUGUCCUCGGACGAACUCGACCAAAAGCUCUCCAAACGCGAAACCUUCCUCCACGCCCUAGCCCGCUUCACCCGCGACCCCAAGGUCCUUCGCGACCAACUUGUCGCCAUCCUCCUCGCCGGCCGCGACACUACCGCCGGCACUCUUUCCUUCUGCCUGUUCGAAUUAGCCCGCCACCCGGAAGUCGUCGCCAAACUACGCAGCGAGAUCCGCGACCGUCUCGGUGUCGGCGCCGACGCCCAGAAGCCCACCUACGACGAUCUCAAGACGAUGAAGUAUCUCAACGCCGUGAUCAACGAGACAAUGCGCUUCUACCCAGUCGUCCCCUUCAACGUGCGCUACUCGCUCAAGGAUACCACCCUCCCUCGUGGCGGUGGUCCAGACGGACAAUCCCCCGUUGGAGUGCGCGCCAACUCUCGCAUAAUCUACUCCACGCUCCUCAUGCAGCGUGAUCCGGAUCUGUACGAUGGGCCGGAAUCAAAGAAUUACUUCGAUCCGGGCCGAUGGAUUCCCGAACGUUGGGUUGAAGGGUGGCAGCCACGACCGUGGCAUUUUAUCCCGUUUAAUGGAGGUCCGCGCAUUUGUAUUGGGCAGCAGUUUGCGACUAUUGAGAUGGGGUAUACGAUCAUUCGGAUUUUGCAGGCUUAUGAGAAGGUUGUUGCGCUGCCGGUUAGUGGGGAGGAUUCUGUCAAGGAUCCAGUGUUGAGGUUUGAGGUUACGCUCAGUCCUGGGGCUGAGUUUAACUGUGUUUUUGUUAAGGAGGGGGAGGAGGCUGUGAAACCUGGUAUCUGAAACGGCGGCUUGUAGUAUAUGAUAUACUGUGAAUAUGGUGUGGCUGGGGUUGGGUGUCAUCACACUAUCUCCUCUCUGUUUUGCGUGGCUUGACUGAGGAGUCAAACCAGCACUACUACUGUGAUUUAUACGAGAGACGACUUGCAAUGUCCUGAUUUUAGUUCAUAAGUUCAAUACAAAUUGAAUCAUCUUUCUGUCAACAAUGGCAUUCCCAUCAGAUUCACCUGAACCGGCUCACUCUUCAAAAAGCAAGCCCUCACUAUCUAAACGCCAACCAACUUGAACUUUGACUCCAUCCUGCCUCGCUAUCUCAAUAUACGAAUCAAUAUCCCAACCUAGAAAUAAUUCAGCUUCAACUUCCUCAAUUUCUUCAACUUUUGCAAAAUCUCCACCUUCCUCAGCUCCAGGAAUAAAUCUUCCUCAUCCGCCUCAUCCAAAUCUCCCGAGACACUAAUCAACGGCGUCUUUGCCGGUGAAAAGUCCCAAUCCCUAUUUCUGUCUGCAUCACCAUUUGCAGCGGUUCUCGUCUUAACUUUCAGCGUUGUACCUAGACCCCCACUCGUCACCAGUUCCGAUACCAGCGGCGAAGUAUUCUGUCGUGGCACGGCCUUGAGAAUACCCACGCCUCGACUCUCGUUCGGCGCUGUCG